UAUGUUAUGUUUGUUUCUAGCCUUACAGUUAAAUGUAAGCGACCCCCAUCCCCUCGGUUGCGGGUUUCAGCGACAAGCAAGAAAAAAAUAUCAAGAAGUGCAGUGCGGUGCAUCUCAAGAAACAAAUCUUUCCGAAAUUUGCAGUGUGCCUGUUAUAGUGUUUUAUGUAUGCACUGCUUCCUUGCUGUUUACCCAACAGCCAACUGAUGAGUCUCUAUUGUUUUCAUUAACGAACGAAAAUCCCCCGUCCCCUCCAUCCUGUGUUUUGUCUACUCGUCGCCCAGCCUCCCUUCUGGUCAGCUUCCAGUUACUCUACUGAUCCACAACACACGCCCAUAUCAUCAGCUCCGGCUACAGCUUCAUUAUUCUUCUCCGCAAUGGCAAGCAAUAGCUUUAACAGUGCCGUUGGUGGAGGCGUGGCAUGUGUAAACUCGGAUCUGUGGCGCGAGUGCGUUGGAUGGCUGAUCAGGUGUAAGGUCAUCCCGAGCGACCACAAAGCUGCUCAGUCGGACGCCGAGAUCCGGAGUCUGGCGAUGACGUUACGCGACGGUGUGCUGCUAUGCAACCUAGUCAUGUAUCUGGAACCUAAUAGCAUGGAUUCACGUGAGCUGCAUCGCAAGCCCCAAAUGGCACAGUUUUUGUGCAGCAAGAAUAUCAAAUUGUUCCUUGACGUGUGCCGCAACGUCUUCGGGAUCCGGGACGCCGACCUUUUUGAGCCGACAAUGCUGUAUGACCUGACGAACUUCCAUCGUGUGCUCAUCACGCUUUCAAAGUUGUCACAGUGCCGUAAGGUGCAGCUGAUGCACCCGGAUCUUGUUGGCUUUAACCUACUAGUGUCGCCAAGCGAGCGUUCCCAUUCAGACGAAGCCAUCUACAAGGACCUGCAUUCCACCGACCUUAACAUGCGGAAGGCAAGCAGCAUCGACGCCUCCGGCUCGUCCUCGACAGAAUACUACGACCUCACCUCGCAGAGCGGAUCGUUGUCGGUGGAGGACGAGAACAGCGACAUCACCAUCGAGAACGGUACCGAGGAUAUUGACGAUUACAUCGAAGACUCGCUCUCCAACAUGUGCGACUCGACCAUCGAUCCUGAUGGGUAUGGAAUGAAUAUGGAUAAAGGCCCGCUGGCAGCCACUCAGGGCAGUAAUUCUCAAGGCCUUACGUACGAUUUCGCCCUGGGUGCAGUUAGCUCCACCUUGGACUCAGCCUCUGCAGCGGUCACGCCCACGCCGGAAUCUUUUGACCAAAAAAAUAAGUCACUCAUCCCAAGUGACGCUGCCGCCUCGCCUGCUUUCAACUCCGAUUUCAAUGCUCCCGACUCAUCAAUGGAGCGCCUCAUAUCCAGCUCUUCGUCUUCCACAUCUCUGUUUGUCAGCGAGAGCCAACGACUGCAGCAGGCUGCCGCCGCUGUUUACAAUUACCGCUCCUCGAUGACAUCCACGGAGCACGAGUACGCCUACAUUUACAGCGAGGACGACGACAAGGUCUACGAGGAUCUCUGCUAUGUCACCUUCCAGACGAUAGCGAAACCUGAGGUUACCACCGACAAUAUUGCAUGCAAUGGAACCGGUUACGACCACACCAACACCAAAGAAGAGGAGGUGUACCAAGACCUGUGCGCACUGCACAGGACGAGUAAAAGCCAGACCACCUCUCCGACGAGCUUGGAGCAACGCGACUACGUCAUUCGGGAGCUGAUAGACACAGAGUCCAACUAUCUAGACGUACUCAACGCGCUGAAAACCAAGUUCAUGACUCCACUGGAGCGUCAUCUCAGUCAGGAAGAGCUGCGUAUUAUCUUCCCGCGCAUCAGAGAACUUUCUGACAUCCAUACAAGUUUCCUAGAUAAGCUCAGAGAGUCGUUAAUACCGAAUGCAAAAAAGAAGAUGGCCCUGGUUUUUCUCGAAUUUCGCGAACCGUUCCUUAUUUACGGCGAAUACUGUUCCUGCCUGCUUGGCGCUAUAGACUUCCUUGCGGAUGUGUGCAAGAAAAACCAGAUCGUCGAUCAGCUGGUGCAGAAGUGCGAGCGUGACUACAACGUGGGAAAGCUGCAGCUGCGCGACAUUCUGUCGGUGCCUAUGCAGCGCAUUCUUAAAUAUCACCUAUUGCUGGACAAGUUGGUGAAGGAGACGUCGCCGCAGCAUGAAGACUACCGGUCGCUAGAGCGUGCCAAGGAGGCCAUGAUCGAUGUGUCGCAGUACAUCAACGAAGUGAAGCGUGAUUCCGAUCACUUGGUUAUUAUUCAAAAGGUGAAGGAUAGCAUCUUCGACCUUCACCUACUGCAGAAUGGAAAUGGUUGCGAUCUGCUGCAAUUUGGGCGCCUGCUCCUCGACGGUGAACUUAACAUUAAAGCUCAUGAGGACCAGAAAGUUAAGCUGCGCUAUGCUUUUGUCUUCGACAAGAUCCUUAUAAUGGUGAAGGCCCUCCACAUUAAAACGGGCGAUAUGCAAUACACCUAUCGUGACUCGCACAAUUUAGCCGACUACCGAGUGGAACAGGGGCCCUCUCGCCGAUUGCUCGGGCGCGAUACCCGCUUCAAGUAUCAACUCCUGCUAGCCCGCAAAUCGGGAAAAACAGCUUUCACUCUGUACCUUAAAACGGAACCUGAGCGGGAUAAGUGGCGGAAAGCCCUUACCGAGGCCAUGGAAAGUCUUGAACCGUUCGGCUGUCGAAGCACAGAUCACAAAAUGGAGAUAUUUACUUUUGAUCAGCCAACUACGUGUCGGCACUGCUGCAAGUUUCUCAAGGGUCGCAUUCACCAAGGCUACCGGUGCAAAGUAUGCCAAAUCAGUGUACACAAGGGCUGUAUCUCGUCAACGGGGCGCUGCCAGCAGAAUCUUGUAAGCGUGCCGCCGCCCGUAUGCGACAGGCAGCUAUCAGCGUUUAACUGGUUCGCGGAUAACAUGGACCGAGAGACGGCAGCACAUCGGCUGGAGAAUCGGCGCAUCGGUACCUAUUUGCUGCGCGUCCGUCCGCAGGGCCCGUCAACUGCCCACGAGACGAUGUAUGCUCUCAGCCUAAAAACCGAUGAUCAUGUAAUCAAGCAUAUGAAAAUCAACCAGGAGAACUCUGGCGAAUCAUUGCUCUACUGCCUGUCCUCGCGACGGCACUUUAAGACCAUUGUUGAGCUAGUUUCCUACUACGAACGCAACGAUCUUGGAGAGAACUUUGCGGGACUCAAUCAGUCGCUGCAGUGGCCCUACAAGGAGGUAAUUGCGACUGCUUUAUAUGACUUCGAACCGAGGGCCGGUAGCAAUCAACUGCAACUGCGCACCGACUGCCAGGUUCUGGUCAUAGGGAAGGAUGGCGACAGCAAGGGUUGGUGGCGCGGGAAAAUCGGCGACACGGUGGGUUACUUUCCAAAGGACUACGUCCAGGAGCAGAAACCGGCCAGCGAGGAACUUUGAUACUACAACUACGAGGUCUACUUUGCACCCAAAGCCAUCAAGCCCACAAAGGCAGCCAUUGCCGACUUACCACAAGAAGGACCUAAAUCCGAAUCUGUUUAAGGAGGGAUUCUUAAGGAGGGGGUGACCAGUAUCAACAACCGGAGCUAUAUUGCAUCCUAGUUAAAUAUCUAUAUGAGAAUUAACAAAAAUUGUAUUAUUUGUCAUUAAGGUUUUUUUUAAUUUUCGUUGUUUUUUGGUUUUUUUGUAACAUUUUUUUUUUUUUUUUUUUUGUUAGCUCAAGAAUCUUGUGCCAAUCCUUCGACAAUUCAAAGAUCCAAAUCAAAACAAAAAAGAAAAUUUACAGAAGACGAAAAAAAAAUAAUAAAUUACCUUUAAGGUUUCAA